AGUUUAACAGUUGAACAAAAUUCAGAAAUGAACACUAUACGAAAUCUUCGAUUCAGUAGGACAGCUGGAAGGCAGUUGCUGCGUUUUUGUACCAAAGGAUGUGACGACUCCAAGAAGUGUACAGACUUACGCGCCAAGAGUAUCUGCUCAAAAGAGGCGCCAAAGAAGCCGGAGAAGAAAACCAAUCACGAUGCUAAAAAGGUUACACUGAUCGAGGGCGAAGGCGUGGGCUGUGAGUUGAUUCAGUCAUUGAGGACGGUCCUUGAUGCCGCCAACGCGCCCGUCGAAUUUGAGAUCAUUCCGAAAAUCUAUAUGGCAGGCUCUAAUAAAGUAAGCCGAGAGCUGUUGGAGUCAUUGAAGCGCAACAAGGUCGGCAUCAAGGGUCCAAUCAAGGAUCCCUUGUGGAUGAAGGAUCUGCGCAAAGAAUUCGACCUUUUCGCCUACACAGCCGUAUGCCGUAAUAUGGAGGGUCAGGAUAAUCCCUAUGGCAAAUUGAAUUGCGUUGUCAUACGCGACAUGAUGGAAGGCGAAUAUUCGGGCAUUGAACACGACGUAGUUCCAGGAGUCCUACAAUCAAUUAAAGUGAGCACUGCCGCCGGUGCCAGACGCAUUGCCCAAUACGUAUUCGAUUAUGCAACUGAAUUCGAUCGCAAGAAGAUCACCGUGGCCCACAAGGCGAACAUCAUGCGGAUGACCGAUGGCAACUUUCUUAAGCAAAUGCGAAAGGUGGCCGCCAAGCACAUGAAUGAUCGAUUGUUUGAGGAGCGUUACAUGGACACGGCCUGCUUGAAUCUGAUCAUGAAACCGGAGAUCAACGAUGUGCUCGUCUCGUCCAGCAUGUAUGGCGAUGUACUAGUCAUGAUGGCCUCCAGCAUUACGGGCAGCAAAGCCAUGUGUCCUGGCUAUGGUGUCAGUCCCCACGGACGUCUCUUCGAUACUCUCAAUAAGCCCAGCGAGGAGCUAGCAGGCCAGGAUAAGAUCAAUCCCACAGGCAUGCUCUUCUCUGGAGUUCUCAUGUUACGCCGGUUGAAACUCUUUAAUCAUGCCAUGUCCAUCUCAUGUGCCAUUAAAAGCGUUUACAAGGACACCGAUAUCCGCACUGAAGACAUUGGUGGCAAAGCAAAGUGCUCUGAGUUUACAAAUGCCGUAUGCGAGUUCAUUUCAAAGCAGUAAAAGGAAUUUCACAAAUACAAACUUUACUAACGUUAUUCGAUUCAUUUUACAUUAUACCGAUAUUGCCAGGAACAGAAGAGAACAAUCGUCGUUUAUUUACAAAGUUUCGGCUUUUACAAAUCAAAUUUACCUUCUAAAAAUUGCGAUCCUUGUAUUCCUGUUGCUACAUACCAAGAAUAUGACCGAAAAAUCCCUAAAAAUUACAGAAAUUUUUCAAUUAAA